CUUGCCUAAGUCGAUAUGACAGGAUGUGACACGAAAAUGGUAAGAAGAUCAAGACUCUUAAACCGUGGGAUACGAAAAAGCAUUGGAUGUCCAGUCUGUCUUAUUAAUCAAUGGCCUGUGGUGAUAAAUGAUAAGUCCGAUGUUCGUCUUCACACAUUUGUAGCAGUUGAUUAUUGUAUUGUAAUACCUAUUAUAAUUAUGUCUCGAGUGAUAUAUAAUGCAUCAAGUAUACAGAGAUUGCAAUGGAUAUUUCAAAGAGCUUAUUCACAAAAAAAAUUUCCAAAAAUUACAACUCACUACACUAUUAUACCCAGAGAAUCAGAUCCAAGAUGGAAAGAUAUAAAUAUGGAAAGAUAUGUAGAUGAAACAGAUAUUUUAAUUGUGGGAGGUGGUCCGGCUGGAUUAUCUGCUGCAAUUCAAGCACGUAAAUUAGCAAAGAAGCAUGGAAAGGAAUUGCGAGUUACACUUGUUGAAAAGGCUUCUACUAUUGGUGGUCAUAUUCUUAGUGGAGCUUGUUUAGAUCCAAUAGCUUUAAAUGAAUUAUUUCCAAAUUGGAAGGAAUUAGGUGCACCAUUAAACACUUCUGUGACAGAAGAUAAAUUUGCAUUUCUCACCAAAAAAGGCAGAAUACCAAUACCUAUUUUAAAAGGAAUGCCAUUAUAUAAUCAUGGGAACUACAUUGUUAGAUUAGGUCAUGUUGUAGUCUGGCUUAGUGAACAAGCUGAAGCUGCAGGUGUUGAAUUAUACCCUGGAUAUGCUGGUGCAGAAGUACUUUACCAUGAAGAUGGAUCUGUUAAAGGAAUAGCUACAAAUGAUGUUGGUAUUGCUAAAGAUGGUUCACCAAAGAAUAUUUUUGAACGUGGAAUGGAAUUACAUGCAAAGUGUACAAUUUUUGCAGAAGGUUGUCAUGGUCAUCUUACAAAACAGAUUUCAAAGAAAUUAAAUCUUAGAAAAGAUUGUGAACCACAGACUUAUGGUAUAGGAUUAAAAGAAAUUUGGGAAAUUAAUCCCAAAAAACAUAGACCUGGUAUCGUUGAACAUACUAUUGGUUGGCCACUGGAAAAAGAUACUUAUGGCGGAUCCUUUUUAUAUCAUCUUAAUGAAGAUACACCACUUAUUGCUAUUGGUUUCGUUGUUGGUUUAGAUUAUUCUAAUCCUUACUUACAUCCAUUUAAAGAAUUUCAGAGAUUUAAACAACAUCCAAGUAUUAAACUAAUACUUGAGGGUGGGAAAAGAAUUGCAUAUGGUGCAAGAGCUAUAGCAGAAGGAGGUUUUCAAUCUAUUCCUAAACUUCAAUUUCCUGGUGGUUGUCUUAUUGGCUGUACAGCAGGAUUUCUUAAUGUUCCUAAAAUUAAAGGAACACAUAAUGCUAUGAAGAGUGGGAUGCUAGCGGCAGAAAGUGUAAUUGAGGCUAUAAUUGAUGCAGAAAGUAAUCCAUCGGAAACAAAAGGUUUAGAACCAAAAUCUUAUACUGAUAAAAUACAAAAUAGUUGGAUUUAUAAAGAACUAAAGGCUAUAAGGAAUAUAAGACCAAGUUUUCAUACUCGGUUUGGUAUUUAUGGGGGUCUGCUAUAUUCUGGAUUUUCAAUGAUGAUCGGAGGAAGAGAACCAUGGACUUUGUCUCAUGGAGGUCCAGAUUAUAAAAAGUUGAAAUUAGCAUCGGAAUGUAGUCCAAUAGAAUAUCCAAAGCCAGACAAUGAAAUAUCUUUUGAUUUACUAUCUUCAGUGGCACUUACUGGUACAAAUCAUGAAGCUGAUCAACCUCCACAUCUUACUUUGGUCAAUGAUACUUUACCAGUAGAAAGAAAUUUAGCGAUAUUUGCUGGGCCAGAAGGUCGAUUUUGUCCUGCUGGUGUAUACGAGUUUGUACCAUUAGAAUCUGGAGAAGGACAGAAGCUGCAAAUUAAUGCUCAGAAUUGCAUUCAUUGUAAAACCUGUGAUAUCAAGGAUCCGAGCCAGAACAUUAAUUGGGUUGUACCAGAAGGAGGAGGAGGUCCAGCUUAUAAUGGAAUGUAAAGUAAACUGAGAUAAUGAUUUGUUAAAAUGUUUUAUAAUAUAAUACAGACAAAUACUAUUUUUAUAUAUAUUUUUAAACGUGUAAUAAUCGUGUAAUAAUGAAAUUUGUAAUUGAUAAAAAUUACUUUUUAUUAUAUUGAUAUAGCAACACGUGAAGUAUUGUCAAAUUGAAGAUUAUUUCAUUUAAAGAUAAAAAUUUUACAAAGAAUAAAUAUUAUGCAAUUGUAACAAAACAAA